AUGCAAGGAUAUCAACAGCGACUCAUUACCUUCACUUUAUUUAUUACUGUGGCAUAUGGAAAACUAGAAAUUGUCUCUUUCGAUGCUAAGGCUCCAACGGAUAUAAUUGGACCUCAUUCUACAAUCUAUGAUACUCACAUAGAAUUAUGGGCUGUUUUAAAAGAUUGUCCAAAUUCAGAAUGUAGCUGCACUGUCAAUAGUCCUGAUUUAGCAGAUGAUUCGUAUAGCGUAACGUUUUUGGUGGCACCGCAAAAGCAUAUAGGCUAUGUGCAGAUUUCUGAUCUUAAACCAAUUACCAAAUAUUCAUUCACUUUGACUUGUGCGGAUGUAGGUAGUCAUCCUAGUCUGACAAUCCCUAUGACAACUGAUUAUGGUCGUCCAUCAGCACCAGCAAAUAUUGCAUCAGCAUUAAAUGCUAACAAAAUUAAAAUCAGUUGGUCACCGGUAACGCCUAGUGAAUCAUUUGAUCAUUACAGAGUGACCAUUGAUAAAGCAGCUAUAGAAGUAGGGAAAGACAAUUCUUAUGAAAUGAAAGAAAACUAUGUAAAUGGCAUCACGCAUAAAAUCAGGGUUCAAGCUUGUCGUAAAAACAAGCAAGGCAAUAUACUGUGUUCGCAAUCAAAAAAUGAUGAAAUAACGUUUUUCGUACCAACACCACCAACAGUAACACCACCAGUAAUAACAGCAUCAGAAACUCCACCGACAGCAACAGCAACACCAUCAACAGCAACGCCCCCAUCAACUACAUCAACAACAACAACAACAAAAUCAAUGGGUGUUCAUUCUUAUUCUGUAUCUGUUUUAAUGAUUUUUUUGUCUCUUUUUUUUCUAAGUUGA